GCCGCUCCCUGACCGUGGCCGCCGCCGCCACCGGCCGGAACCGGCGCGCCGCUGCUCCCCCCCGCACAUGCGCAUUGCGGCGCUCGCCCGUAGGCCCGGGCCUUCCAUCAGCCCGGGCCCGGGGCGCCUGGCCUGGGCGGCCGCCGCACGGCGGGAGGCCAUGGGCAGGACGAUGGAUGUUGAUGGCUCUGUGGUAGGAGAAGGGGACUGACAAGAGUAUUUUGUGAUUUUCCUGUCUUUAUCCGGCAUUGAGUACAAGCUGGGUGAUUCUCUCUGGCACAUCUCAGCAAGCUAUCAACUCAUAUGUAGAGUGUUGUGAGUCUCUGAAGCACCUUAGCAGUUUGUUUCCCUCUUCCUAGAAGGCCAGGUGUCCCAGGAAAACCUCACUUGUCUUGGCACGAGAAUUAAGUGGCCUCAGGACCGGCAGUGGAUUCCUGACCUCCUGCUGAGUGGCUGCAGCACCCUUAAAAUGUCUCUUCCUUCCUGGAAAUUCAGCAAAGAGUUAGCGUUCCUGGGCUGUUGGAGCUCUUCCAUGUUCAUGGAUAAUAUUUGAUAUGUGCCCUGUAAAUCCUGCCCUGGGACUCGGUGACCGGUGGGGUGCCUGAUGCCGGUAAUCCCCAUUCCCCGCCGGGUCCGCUCGUUCCACGGCCCCCACACGACCUGCCUGCACUCGGCCUGUGGCCCGGUGAGGACCACUCACUUGGUGCGUACCAAGUACAACAAUUUCGACAUCUAUCUCAAAUCCCGAUGGAUGUAUGGAUUCAUCCGUUUCCUGCUGUACUUCAGCUGCAGCCUGUUUACCUCCAUCCUCUGGGUGGCACUCUCUAUCUUGUUUUGCCUUCAGUACCUUGGCAUCCGGAUCUUUCUGCGUUUCCAGUACAAACUCUCCAUCAUCCUCCUCUUACUGGGGCGAAGGCGUGUAGACUUCAGCCUCAUGAAUGAACUGCUCAUCUAUGGGAUUCAUGUGACCAUGCUGCUAGUGGGGGGGCUGGGAUGGUGUUUCAUGGUAUUUGUGGAUAUGUAAAUAAAACAAGCGCAUGUGGGCUCAGAAGGUGACUCUUCUUCUACCCCCAAACCUGUC